UGAUACCUAUGCCAUACCUAAGUGCGGAUACUAAGUGCUCCAAAUAAAAUUGAAUAAGUACUUAGAGAUCUGAUAUCCGGGAUUCAACGUUCAUCUACAGUUACAUCCACCUCCCUCUUUCCUCUCACAUCGAAUCAUGUCUGCCGUCCCAGAACUCUCUGUUCGUCGUCGUCGCCAUUCAGGAUCGACCACAGCCCCAGCGCCAAUCCGUGCUAAUCUACUCAAUGCACAACGAGAUGAUGAAGCUAUGAUUGUGCCCCCACCACGACCAAAAUCAACUCCCAUUGAUGAACGGCACCAGCGACAACGCAGGUCCGGUUCACCCGAGUCUGAUUCGGAAGGCUCCGAUAAGGAGACAUCCACCAUGCAGGUUGAUAACGAUUUACUCAGUCAACAAACUCAACAAUCUUCGUCACACUCUCAAGAAUCUCAAAAACGUCAAGUCAUCACAUCCAAUCUAGAAAAUUCUAGCCCAGAGCGUCCCACUCGUCCUCUACCUGCUAAAUCUCGAAAAAUGGCCGGAAAUUCAUCCAGCAAUCCUAUGCCGCAAUCUGCAAACCCGUCCAUGUUGCCAGUUCAGGCUCAUGUACCCCGUGGUGGUAUUGCAUCGACUCAGAGAAGGUUGUUUGUCAUCCUAGAGCAAGCUUGCUUGGAGGCAUACAGAGUAUCAAGUGGAGGAAAAGGCAAAGGCGGCAGGGAGGGUGAUGUCAAAUACACUCUUCUCAAUUGCGACGACCAUCAGGGCAUCCUCGCAAAAACUGGUAGAGAUAUCGCGGAUGCUCGUCCCGAUAUUACGCAUCAGUGCCUGUUGACACUCUUGGAUUCGCCUCUAAAUAAGGCGGGUCUGCUACAGGUGUACAUACACACUACAAAAGGAGUGCUCAUUGAGGUCAAUCCUCAUGUAAGGAUUCCUCGUACCUUCAAACGAUUCAGCGGAUUAAUGGUUCAACUUCUCCAUAAGUUGUCUAUUCGAGGUGUCAACGGCCCAGAGAAGCUGCUCAAGGUAAUCAAGAACCCCGUGUCCGACCACCUUCCUGUCAAUACUAUCAAACUCACCCUUUCUGGUGAUGCUCCCACUGUCAGACUAUCCCGUUAUCUUCCGACUCUUCCGGAAACGCACUCGAUCGCUGUCUUUGUGGGCGCGAUGGCUCGAGGCCGCGAUGACUUUGCCGAUCAUGUUGUAGACCACAAAAUCAGUAUCAGUGAUUAUCCUCUAUCUGCAUCAGUUGCUUGUGGCAAGUUAUGUUGUGGUCUAGAAGAACUCUGGGACAUCGUGUAAUGCCCUCAUCUCCUACGCCACAAUCUGAAAAUUAUCGAUAUGUUGUAUCAUAUUGGCUUCCAGGUUGGUUGUACCUCAGAAAGCAUUUUGUUCUUUUCAUUUGUUUGCAUACUACUUUCUAUUGCAUUCCUCACACACAAGUUGCAUUUCAACCUGCGUUGCUCCGUAAAUUUAUCCGCUGAGCCGCAUCGUGUACUAUUAGUAGAUGGAUUACUACCCAAGCCCCCUCGCAUUAGAACACGACUCAACUCGUGUUUCUGGGCUCUGGAAAUAAUGAUGCGAUUCCUGCUAGAUUUGGGAUAUUGUUGCUUGUAUGAACCGUGGAAUGGUGUAAUUGGAACACAAAUACCAAAUAGUGGAGGCUGUUGCUGUACUAGU